AUGCAGAUUCAAUGCCAAUGCGGUCCUCCUCACACCUACCGUGCGCGCCUGGACGAUCCAAAUCGGCUUGCUCCUGUAGGAGUUAUCGGAGAGCUAGUGGCGGAGGGCCCCGGAAUUGCACGAGGUUACAUAAACAAUGAAACAGGCAACACAGACCUAUUUCUUGACUCUCCGCCGUGGGCCAAAGAAUGGGAGUCAAUCGUUGCCUCGAUGGGGCGGAGCUAUCGAACUGGCGAUCUAGUUCGAUAUGCCGACGACGGCGAGUUGAUUUUUGUCGGUCGACGUGACCGCCAAGUUAAGCUUCGUGGUCAAAGGAUUGAGCUGGAAGAUAUCGAGACAAAAAUCAAACAGCAUCUUCAACUCCCGGAGGCUAGCAUACUCCUGGAAGUGGUGCAUAAUGUUGAUGGAGACACUGGGCGAAUGACCAAAGAUAUGGAGCUAGAGAUUGAAGGACUUCGUGCACGCAUUGCUGAAGUGCUUCCCGCCUACAUGUGGCCGGUCGCAUGGAUCCCUUUGAAGGAAGUUCCUCUGGGGCCAACAGGGAAGCUUGACCGGCGGAAGCUGUUGAGUCUCGGGACAAAUUUCUUCACCAGAGCGAUGGCAAAGGAUCCCAUCUAA